UAGAAACCUGUAAUCUUUAGCUAACACAAGUGUUUAUCAUCUUUCAGUAAGCAUCAACAGCAAAAUCCAUUUUAGAACAGUACAUAGUGAUAGUGGCCACAGGAGGACAGGCAGCUUUAAACGCAGUGCGACAUGAAACACAGAUAUGCAUGAAGCUCCAAGGCCCAGUCCAGUCAACUCUUUCUAAACGAUGUCGUCUUUUGUCGGUUGCCUUACACAAAAGUCCGAUAAAAUCAACGGACAAGAUGAUACCGCUAAAAAUGGCAGAAUGGUCACAAAAACAUGUUAAUUUACUCGGUCCGCUCUGCUCCCUUCAAAUCCAUCUGAUUUCCAAAUCUAUUCAAAUCGAAAUUCUCGGAAUUUGAUUCUUUGAAAUGAAGGAUGAUGACAAUCUUUCAACAACAACGCUUAAUGUAAGGAAAGAAAGCUCAGAUUUGAGUAUUUUGGGCAAAGGUCGUUACAAGGUUUGGGCAUUAGCGGCCAUUUUAUUGCUGGCUUUCUGGUCAAUGUUCACCGGCACCGUUACUCUCCGUUGGUCAGCCGGCAAUCUCAAUCAUUUUACGGAUGAUAUUGACCGCCCUAUCCACGACGAUCUCGACGUCCUCGAAAUGGAAGAAAGAGAGAAGGUGGUGAAGCACAUGUGGGAUGUGUACACCAAUAACCGUAGGAUCAGGUUGCCGAGAUUUUGGCAAGAGGCGUUCGUGGCUGCGUACGAGGAGUUGAGCAGUGACGUGGCCGAGGUUAGAGAGGCUGCCAUUACCGAGAUCGCUAAGAUGUCUAUUCGCUCUGUUGAUAUUGAUCCACCUCCAUUCCACUCAAUGGAAUCAACUUAGAGGGAGUUGAAUAGAUGGGAUUUGAUUUGGGAUUCAUAAUCUGAGAGCAGGCAAGACAAUUAAGUACGAGUCUGAGGCAAAUUGGGAGAGAAGGGGAAAGUGUAACUUUAACCUGAAAGGGUCAGAUGUGAAGAAUGCCAAGCAUCCAAGCCAAGAAUUGUGAUAAUUAUUUUUCUCCAGGGCUGUGCAGAGUUUAGAAAGAAACAGGUGAUUGAACAAGAAAAUCAUACUCUCUUUCCAUGUUUUUUCAUAUUUAAUCAGGUACUCAUGUAUUUAAUUAGGUUCCCUUCCAAUUCUUCCAAAUUUUUGCAGUCACAAUCAAGGGUAGGGGGUUUUACAGAGCAACACAACAUUUUGACACAUAAAUCAGAGUGAAUUUUUUCUCUCUUUCUUUUUUUUUUUAAUAUUUUAUGAGAUUUUGUUUUAUAAACAUUUUGACACACAACAUUUGUCGUUGGCUCAAUUACAUGUUUAAGAUUUUUUUUCUGUUGACAAAUUGAUAAGAAAGUAAAUGAUUCUUGGUUUGCUUCUGUAA